GUGGUGAGGGCGGACAUGGCGGAGGCAGGAAAAGUACCCUUGAGCCUCGGGUUUACCGGAGGAGAAGCGACAGAGUGGCCUCUGCAGCGGUACGCCCGCUGCAUACCCUCAAACACCAGAGACCCACCUGGGCCACGCCAGGAAGCUGGGACAGCCCCCUGCCCCACAUGGAAGGUUUUUGACUCCAGUGAAGAAUCUGGGUAUCUUGUUCUCACCAUAGUUAUAUCAGGUCAUUUCUUCAUUUUCCAAGGACAGACACUACUGGAAGGGUUUUCACUCAUUGGUAGCAAGGACUGGUUGAAGAUUGUAAGACGCAUGGAUUGUCUGUUGUUUGGAACAACGAUAAAGGACAGGAGUCGCCUGUUUCGAGUACAGUUCAGUGGAGAGUCAAAGGAGCAGGCGCUGGAACACUGCUGCAGUUGUGUUCAAAAGCUGGCGCAAUACAUAACCGUUCAGGUGCCUGAUGGGAACAUCCAGGAGCUUCAGCUGAUUCCUGGCCCACCCAGGACAAGUGGCACUCAAGGGAAGGACUCUGCAAAGAGUGUCCCAUGGCAGGCUGGAUCCCACCAGCACUCAGAAGAGCAAGUGCGUGUAACGGCGGGCACAGGCGCUCCAGACGGAAGGACCUCACUGACGCAGUUAGCUCAGACUCUUCUGGCCUCGGAGGAGCUGCCCCGUAUCUAUGAACAAUCUGCAUGGGGUGCAGGAGAGUUAGGCCCCUUCCUGCGUUUGUGCCUUAUGGAUCAGAAUUUCCCAGCAUUUGUGGAAGAGGUAGAAAAGGAACUUAAAAAGCUGGCGGGGUUGAGAAAUUAAUGCUCUGUAUACAUAUAUAACGAAGGAACUUCAAAGUAUUGAAAAAUGCUUCCUCCUAAAAUUAAAGAAGAUAUUAGAAUAAAAAGCAUUAU